AUGUCUGAAGAGAGGCACCACCGUGGCCUCUUCCAGCACAAGAAGGAUGAAGACAAACCCAUUGAAACCUCAGACUUCCCUCAGUCUGGUUACCCUGAUGAAGGACGUCCCGGCGGCGUUGGUGGGUAUGGCGUCACUGCCACUCAUGAAUCUGAAAUUGACUACAAGAAGGAGGAGAAGCACCACAAGCGUCUUGAGCAACUAGGCGAGGCCGGGGUUGCUGGUGGUGGUGUUUUUGCCCUGUAUGAGAAGCACAAGGAAAAGAAAGACCCAGAGCAUGCCCACAGGCACAAGAUAGAGGAGGAGAUUGCUGCAGCAGCUGCAGUUGGUUCUGGUGGAUUUGCCUUCCAUGAGCAUCAUGAGAAGAAAGAGACAAAGAAAGAAGAGGAAGAGUCUCAUGGAAAGAAGCACCACCAUCUCAUCUAA